UGCAGCGCUCACGUCACGCCUCCACACCACAACUCCCAACUGUAGCUCAUAACAACGUCGCUGCGCUGCCGGCCGGCCGCAGGUUUCGAGAUGGCGAUCUUCAAAACAUGUUGCUGUUGCUGUCGGAUCAGAUCUGGUUGCCUGGUGGCAGCGGUAUUUUUCAUGGCGGUUGCAUCAGUGGAUCUUGCUAAUACGGUCACGUCACUGAAGGAAGAGUUCAAGCCAGUUCUCUGUAGCAGUGCUGUAUCUGAUGUAGUGAUGAUCAUCAUGAGCCUGAUACUGAUGUUGGGGGUGCUCAUGGCUAAUAAGUGGCUGUGUCUGGCUUGGAUCACUUACGCUGCAGUCUUCAUGGCGACGGGAACCACCAUAGCCAUCGUGCACGUCGCCAAGGAGGCGGUGGAGUUCGAACACAUCAUCGCCACUCUCACCACUUUCAACAACGGCAACGGUACUUCUUAUAACGUGGAUGCCUUGAGGCAGGGAAAGGCUAUGGAGCUCGGCAUCUUGAUGGCGGUGUAUGUCGUUGCAGCUGUGCCGAUGGCUAUCCUGGUACUCGUGGUGAUCUCCCACUACCAGAACCUCAGAGACGGGGUGGAGGAUGAGGAGUCACUGCCCAUGCCGUAUGAGUUGACUGAUUACAACGGUCUGUCCAAGCAGCGAAGGAAACAGGAGAGGAUGAUUCGGGACGACCAGCUCUCCAACAUCCACGGAAAGUAUGGGUACUACAGACCUCGGCAAGAGUCACCCAGGUCCAUCCAUCUGCGGCCUGACGUUCAAACGGCAGCCUACUUCACACCCAAGCUCGGCGGCAGGCUCGAGAUCAAUUCUGGAAGAGGUCUCACACUCGAGGUCCCUGACUCCACGGAUAAGACGCCCGAGGGCCCGAACGAGUCACCUGCUAGUCAGCGAUCCGUGGGCGCACAGACGUGCACCGAGGUCGUCGUGUUCACAGACGCAGAGCGAGACGCUAAGCCUGGGUCAGACCCGGAGCUGGAGAACCUAAGUCCUGACGUGGGCAUGACGUCAGGAUGUGUGCCUACCUGUACCCCCAAAUGUCUCCAACAGGAGGCGCUGCUACCAAACCAGCCAGAACAUUCAGACACAGCAGAUCAGCCAUGAAAUACAAAUACACAAUACAGUCCGCAGAUGCAUUUCAUGUAGAAAAAAGAGUUCUCAUAUUCCUACAAAUGUAUCAUACCUACAUACAUCAUCAUCGGUCAGAGAUCGUAACUAGGCUGGUACAUUUUUCACUCCAUACAGCCC